GCCAGGCGCACCUGCACAGCACCAGAGCCUCCCCCAGAGCUACACAAGUCAGCUCCUCGCAGUCCCCGCCUCUAUCCGUCCCGCACCUCCCAGCUUGUCCUCGUCCUCGCCUCCCCGUCGUUCUCGCACAGCCACCAUGUCCACCGUCAAGCUCUCGCCAGACGUCAACCGCAUCCUGUACGUCAAGAACCUCAACUACAAGACGACCGGCGACGACAUCUACGACCUCUUUGGCAAGUACGGCUCGAUCCGCCAGGUGCGGCUAGGCCGAGAGGCCAAGGCCAAGGGCACCGCCUUUGUCGUGUACGAGGACGUCAUGGAUGCCAAGAACGCCUUCGACUCGCUCAACGGCUUUCACUUGAUGGACCGGUACCUCGUCGUCCUGUACCACCAGCCGACAAAGCAGGCGGCCAAGGCCGACCUCGCGCGGCGAGAGAAGGACCUCGCAGAGCUCAAGGCCAAGCACAACAUUCCCGAAAAGGAGUGAGCUCUCGUCGGUCGAGGAAGACGAGGUUCGUGGACGGUCGGUGGACUGGGUCGUACUUGCGGCGUGUUGUAACGUUAGAGUCUCUCUCGC